CAGGUCUUCUUCCUGUUACCCUCCUCUCCCAGCGGAGCCCACAGUGACCGUCUCCCCGGCCAGGACAGAGGCCCUGAACCACCACAACAUGCUGGUCUGCUCGGUGACGGACUUCUAUCCAGCCCACGUCCGAGUCCGGUGGUUCCGGAACGACCAGGAGGAGACGGCCCGUGUCGUGUCCACCCCCGUCAUCAAGAACGGGGACUGGACCUACCAGGUCCUGGUGAUGCUGGAAAUGACCCCCCAGCGCGGAGACGCCUACACCUGCCGCGUGGAGCACCCCGCCCUCCAGAGCCCCAUCACAGUGGAGUGGCGGGCACAGUCAGUCUGCCCAGGGCAAGAUGCUGAGUGAAUUGGGGGCUUUGUG